UAUUAAUACACAUAACACAACUUUUCACAAUUACCUAGAGAAGAUUGCGCUAGCCAUACAUUAUGAUUGGAUAUACAAUGUUCUUAUUGGGCAUUGCUGUAAUAUUGCAAUUAUUAUUUCAUACAGCUGAAGCAGGAUCACGUGAACGUGGAAAAUUAUAUUCAGCCAACCAUGAAUGUGAUUACGACCCCAAGGGAAAGCAAAGGUUCAGUCUUUACAAUUUCCAUAUGGACUGUAAAUAUCCAGCCAAUUACAGAACCAAGCAGCUGAGGCAAUAUGUAAAAGGACUUGAAAGAAGCAAGCAUGUCCGUGUUUAUUAUCCACUUAAGGUGAUAGGAGAAAACCGAAUCAUCAUAAUAGCAGGGGCCACAUGUCCAAUGUACUUUGAAAUUGCCAAGAGCAUGUUAGAUGUUGCCUUCGAAUGUACAGUUGAUCCUAUCAUGGACUAUUACGACUUUGCUUGGUUGACCCUAAACGUCACAGAAGUACCAGAAGAGCCAUUCCCGGUAGCUGACCUCAAGGGCGAACCUCUUGUAGCUAUUUGGCGCACCAUUGUCUACCCAGAAGAUACUGAUUUUGAAUCAUUUAAAAAUGUUUGGCGAGAACAUACAAAAAAAUCUAUUCUCGGGAAAAAGAAAGGGCAGAACAAAGAAGUGUUCCAUUUUGUUGGCCAAGAGAAGGAAAUGAUAAUGCGUGUUUUCGAUCCAGAAACAGUUGAUUUUAAUAUCUUCAACAGAGCGUUUCUCGUUAAUGAGGUGACAGCUGGUAUCAGCCAUUUUGUGAGGUACCUGGUACAUUUGGAUUUAUUGCCAUGAGUUAUCAUAGUGGUGGGACAUGCUUCAUUAAAACCACAUUUAGGAAAGUAAAAUGUCAAUGUUGAAUGAAGAAUAAACUUAUAAUGUAUAAGUUAA